AUGCCCGCCGGCCGGAAGCGCCCAGCUCCAUCCCCGUUCGCCGGCUUCUCAACGUUCGCCCGCUCCCUCCUCUUCUCCCCCGCCUCCGGCUUCUCAAGGCUGCCGCUCACCAAUGCCGGCCCCGCCGCCAAACCCCAUCAAGAGACCGCCGCCAUGCCGCCGCCCCCGCCCAAGCGCGCGAAGCAGGCCGAGCCCUCCAGCGACGACGAGCGCCCCAGCAGCGACGCCGACCAGGAGCUCUCGGGAAGCGACGGCGACGGGGACAGCGACAGCUCUCUGGAGUGCUCGAGCAGCGACGACGGAGAAGACGCGUCCCAGGAGAUGGAGACGGUGCAGGCCGACUUCGCCUUCUUCGACCCCAAGCCCACCGACUUCCACGGCGUCAGGCUGCUGCUCAAGACCUACCUCGACUCCAAGCCCUGGGACCUCACCGGCUUCGUCGACCUCGUCCUCGAGCAGACCACCGUCGGCACCGUCGUCAAGAUGGCCGAGGACGAGGAUGACGACGAGGGUGAAGAAGCAAAUGGGGGUGACAAGAGCGACGACGAUGAGGACCUGUUCGGUCUCAUUACCGUGCUCAAUUUGGGAAGAUACGGGGAGAACCGUUGCAUCAAGGAUCUUAAGGAGUAUCUGCUUGCUGUUUGCGGCGACAAGGACACCAAGAAGAAGCUCAAGUCGCUGCUGGAAGACAAGGCAUCCACUGUCGGCCUGCUCGUGUGCCGGCGCUUUGUGAAUUUCCCGUAUGAAAUGGUGCCUAAGAUGUAUGAUUCGCUCUUUGAUGAGGUUGCCUGGGCGACAGAGGAUGAGCCAACACCAGAACUCCAGGACUCCUUCCGAUUCAAGCAGUACCUGCUGCUUGUAAGAAUCUUGGAGAGAAAAACUCCUCCAAAGCAGAAAGCAAAGAAUAAUAAAGAUGAGGGUGAACCUGUUAUCUACCCGAAGUUGGAGGACGAAAUUUUCCGUGAGCUUAGUUCGUGGUCUUUUACCUUCCCAAUUCGCGCAGAACAGUCAGCUCAGCAGGAGCUGAAGAACUACAAGGAGAUGGGCUUGGUGAUGUGCCUUAAAGCCGAAGCGAUUCCAAAGUUCCGCAAGAAGCUGGAGGCCUUGGUAUGUGAAUAG